AUAAUGACAAACUCGAAUGCGCGAGGCAGGGUUAACCAAAACAUUGCAAGAGAGGGAGGAAACCGUGUUAUUGCAGUUCAUCGCGUGUGUUGCUCUCCUCUCCCAGUGAACCAGUGGCUGUGGCAGGAGGGAGGCACAAUGUUGCCAAGCAGCGGCUACUUCCGAGGCAUCGUGUGCCCGGGCCAGCUGAGGGGAGCUUGUAAUCGCCCCUACUGCCACUUCCGACACGACAUGAAAGUUUCUACAGAAAAGAAUACCUCCCCGUCCGCAUCGUCCUCACAAGCUGCCGUGCCCACACCUGUCCAGGAGGAAGCUGAUGCAGUGGAAGAGGAGAAACUGGAAGAGAUUGAGCACCAGAUCAUGUCCAAAGAGGUGAGUGAGUGCAGCAGUGCCUCCCUCGCUCCUGCUGUUACCACUCCCUCCGAACCAGAGGAGCAGCAGUCCCAGCCACACACCAGCCAGCAACAGGAGUCUGUCACAGCAUCUGGUGAAGUUCCCAAGUCUGAAAUCCUUCAGCAGUUGAUGAGUGAAGCUCUAAAAAAAGUGUUGGCAGAGAACCCUACUUUGGCCUCAACAGUCGAUGCAUCAUCCAUCAGGAUUGGUAUUGAUCCUGUAACUCAAGAGUCACCAGAGGUUAAUAAAACUAAAAAACAGUUGUAUCAUCGACCUCCAGAUACACCAAAUUAUAACCCUACACCAAUAAGAGAACUAAAGAAAAGAAAACAGUCAGUAGAUGGUGUCCACAACCUUGUGUAUAAUCCAACUUGCUCUCGCACCACAGGAGACAAAGGAAGUGGAGAUGAAGGUGAUGUGAUGGGUGAAUUUUCCUCUGAUGAAAGUGAGGAAGUAGAAGAAAAGAAUGAUGACUUUGAUUUGUUGGAGGAGGUCCUUGCUGAACAUUCCAAAAAUAAUAAAGUAAAAGUAAAGAAAAAGAAGGUGAAAGAGCUAGGUAAACUCCAGUAUAGCUUAAGUAAUACACAUAAAACAACAGUGGACAACAGCAUUAUGAUCACAGAUGCCAAAAAACUCUCGGACAAAGAGGUCAAGAAGUACGAGCUCCCUCAGACCGAGAGCGUAAACAAGAUCAUAACAGAUGGUCCCUACUUCCUUCCCCCAUCACCAAUAUUCACCUCCUCAAGCGAUGGCUUUGAGGCUUUCAGUGCCAGGGCUGCACGCCAAGAAGAAGAGCCUAGUGUGCCGGAGGAGUGUGUGGAUAAGGCUCCCCCUCUUGCAGAAUCAGUGAAAACAAAUACCCAGCCAGCAACUGAAAAGAAAAUGACUCCAAAACAAACUACAGAACAGCCAAAGCCAAGUUCCCAGCCAGAGAAUGCAGAGAAAGUGACCAAGGCAUCAGGACACACCCACCUCCCACAACUGUUAUCAGCAAGAGGAGCUCCAAAACUUUCCAGACCUAAUGUUCGCACCUGGACACCAUUGGUUAGAAAUAACAUACCAUCGUCUGAGACACAGAAGACCACUGACCAGCUGGAUGAGAUACUGCAGCUCAUGGAUGGCAGUGAUCCUUCAAACAAAAGGAAGCUGAAGGAAAAUGAACAUCAAACUUCAAACCAAAGAGAUUCAGAGAAUGCGAGGCCAAAGAAAAAAUACAAAGUAGAUUUAAACAAGGAAAUUGAGAGCUUAUCAAACCCAGCAUUAGAACACAGUAAGGAGAGUGUAACACCUGAAGAACCUGCCAAGCAACAACCAGAACCAACUAACAAUCAGGACAGUGACAAAAAACAGAGUACAAAGGAGGAGAGUGUGUCAGAUGAAAGGGAUGCCACCAAGAAAGCUUCCCCCAAAGAGUCAGAGGAAAAGAAACAAACCGAUGAAAGUGAAGCAGCGAGUGUGGAGUCGGAGGACAGUGAAAGCAACACUCUCAGUGAGGAAAGUGGCAAUGACUCAGAAUUCAAGCAAUCAAGGCACAGGAAGAAGAGGAAGAGAAAGAGAAGUCAUUCCAGCUCCUCGGGUUCAGACUAUUCACACCACAGAAGAAAGAAGCGCAAGAGGAGUCGCAAGCGUCACCACAAAAGGAGCAAGAGAUCAAGGAGGCGAAGGGACAGCACGUCAAGCCAGAGUGAUCAAAGUCAGGAGUCCGAGGAAGAGAGAGAAGAAAAGAAAAAUGAUGAUGAAGAGGAGGAGGAGAAUUAUGACACUGAGGAAGAAGAGGAAAAUGAGGAGGAAGAUAAGGAAAAUAAAAGUAAAGAAGACAGUGAAAGUGAAGAUGAAGAUAGUAAUGAUGACAUUGAGCACACCAGGAAAUCAAAAAGACACAGGAAGAAACACAAGUACUACAAGAAACUUAAGCACAGGAGGAACAAACACAAAGCAAGAAGAAAAAGGAAGAGAAGCAAGAGUUACAGCAGAAGCAGGAGCACAGGCAAGAGCAGGGACUCUAGCAGAAGUAGAAGUAGAAGUGGGAGUCAAAGCAGAAGUUCCAGCAAGCACAGAAAGAAAAGAAACAGAAGCAGACACAAAAGCAGAAACUACAGCGAUAGCGACAAUAGGGAUUCAUCCAAAGAAAACAGCAGGAGUAGAAGUUCCAGCAGAAGCAGCAGUAAACACAAGAGAAGGGGAAGCAGGGAAGAUGACUCCAGUGGAAGCAGACAUAGAGAAUCAAGCAAAUCAAAAGAUAAAAGAGUGGAUGAGGAAAGCAAUAAAAGUAGGAAAGAGGAUAGAAGGGAGCGAAGCAGUAGUAAAGUGGAUCAACAGACGAGUGACGAUAAGAAAAGCAAGAACCAUAAUGAUGAGGAAAUCUCAAUACCUAUGCCUGUAGAUCCAUCAAAGAUUAAAGUAGAGAAGAAUGCUUUAGUUCCUGAUUUAUCAAAGGUGAAGAUUGAGAAAGAGGAUCCAUUGUCUGAGAAAAGCAAUGGUCAGGUUAGUGUAAAUGCAAAGUCAAAAGAAAGUAGCUGUAAGGGGCAGAGUGAGUCAAGUCAAAGCAAAGUGGCAGAAAAGUUCCCCGAGCAGAGAAGACCAAGCAGUGAGGACAAGAACAGGAGGAAGAAGAGUCACGAGAGGAAGGACAGCACUGAGAGCACAUCUGACAAGGCACCUCACAGACGGCAGAGCUGCGACUCCAAGGCCAGCGACAAUGAAGGCUCCAUGCAGAGAAAGAAAACAGAAGAAAGAAGGUCAAGCACUGAGAAGAUUAAAAGAUCGCAAUCAAUUAGUUCUCAGCCAUCAGAAAUGUCCAUGUUUGACCUUGUAUUGGCAUCAGCCGAGACCUCCAAGCCAGCGAAGACACUGACAGAGAUAUCCAUGUUUGACAGCAUGGCCAAGACAAGUACAAAUCAUUCACUGGAAGCAUCAGGAACCAAAAACAAAAGCAAGGAUGCGUCCCACAAAGGUAGUGGAGAGAAUGCCGUCAGCUCUGAACACAAGUCAAGUUCAAGUGACAAAACCAGUAAAAGCUCAAGACCAGACAAGACAGCUCACACAGACUCCCAUCACAAGCACACCAAAAGUGACAGCAAGACUUCACAUUCCACAUCCAAGAGCAAGAGUAGCAGCAGCAGCAGCAGCAGUAGUCACCACAGCAGCUCUAGCCAUAAGAGAACAAGUAGCACCAGCAGUAGAAGUAGCACCAGCAAACAUCACAGUACGUCCAUUGCCACUACCACCACUGCCACUACCACUACCACUACCACUGCCACCACUACUACUCCCUCCUCCUCCUCCAAGACCCCAGAUGGCAGCAGUAGUAGUAAGAAUAGGAAGUCAAGUGAUCCCAGCAGUAGUAAAAGUGAAAAGGAGAGCAGCAGGCACUCAAGCACAUCAAGCAGAAAACACAGCAGCAGUAGCAACAAGCACCAUGACAGCAGCACCAGCAGGAGGAGCAGCAGUAGCAGCAGACACAAGGACAGCAAAGAAUCCACUACUGAGACUGCUAAAAAUAACAUGGGAAGUGAGAUAACAAAGAAAAGGAGAGUUUCUGCUGAUGAGGAAUCCCAAGGAGGUGUUUCAGAUCAUGAUCAGCCAUCCAGCGGAGUUGACUCACCGCUGCCAGACCUCUCCAUGCUGGACGAGAUCUCACAGGAUGACUGGGAGCAGAUGAUCAGCGGCAUGGACGGAGCCAACCAGGAGCCCAGCGAGGAGACGGAGGGUGAUGACGUGGACACUGACAACCCUUGGGUCCUGGAGGAGUGCAUGAAGAUGUUCAAUGAGUUCCAGCCAGAAGAAAACCACCUUGAAAAUCAGGUACUCCCAAAGAAGGUACUUCAUCACUUCCCUCAGAUGAAGGCAGCUGUGGGGGACAAAGAGCCGCCCAAGUCUUCCAGCAAGCAGAGGGUGGCUCGCUCCUCAACAGGCAACCUCAUGGCCAAGAAGACCUCCAGGUCACACCACCAGAAGACCAGUCCCAUGCAGAUGAUGGUGGAGAGAUAUCAGAGGUUGAAGGAACAGCUGAAAAUGAAGGAGAAACAGCUGCAUCACCUCCAGGGAGGCCCAUCAUCUGUCACCUCUAGUUCAUCCAGUAAGACCAGUGUACUGGCACCUUCCUCCUCUUCCUCUUCCUACCACAGCCCUUCAUCUCAGGGCUCAGGGAAGAGCAAGAAGCGCAUUGCCCAUGUGCCCAAUGUCAACUCCCUGCUCAGUGCACAGGAGAAAAUCAAGAAGCAGACUCAUUCCAGCAUCAGCAGUCGCAUCUCACCCAAAGUAGCCAGAGCUUCGGGAGUCAUCCCUGAGACCACCGCCCACACUGUGGCAAAGGGUGGCAAGAGGAUUGCUCACACUCCCAAGAUAGGUGCUUUAGCAAAACCAAUUAUCCAACCCGAGCUUGGCAGUCUUGUUCCACAGAAUAUUCGGCAGCGAUACUUGAAUGCAUUGAUUGAAGAGUGUAAGAAGUUUACUUCAGAGAAGGAAUCCUUCAAUAUAGCAGCAGCAGAGGAGCGUGUGUGCUAUAAGCGCGCCCCGUCCCGCAUGGUGUACCUCAACCUGGUGGUGAAUGCCGUUAAGAGGCUCCGUACACAGCAGCAGGCUGGUGAGGAGGCCCAGGAGCUGCUGGAUAAAGACCCACAAUUGGCUGAGAAGAUGUGCAUUGAAGAGCCCUCCCCUUCGACAACCAAACCAUCACCACCUGUGUCAUCGCCGUCUUCCAGUCGUUCACAUCCCAUCAACCCCAACCAUGUACAGCUGUCCCACACCUCUGUUCUCUCAUCAGGGGGCAUCAGGGGUUCAUGGAGCAUUGAGAAGCCAAAGAAAUCCUCUGCCUCUCAGGAAGAUAUUAAAGGUAAUGCCUUCUACAAGAACCUGACCAAGUACAUUUUAACAGAGGAGCAGCUGGAGGAGAAUGGAUACCCUUGUCCUGACCCUGAGGAAAAGGGAAAAGCAAUUGUAAAAAAGAUUGACUCGCGUAAAAAAAUCAGCCCGAGUGCCUUAGAACGCUACUGUGAUCGCUGCUCUGUGCUUUAUACGGUGGACAAAUGGGGCUUCCCGAAGAACAGCGCCCCUUGUGUAUACCACUGGGGGCGGGCAUACAAAAAAAGGAAAUAUGGCACCUUUGAGACCUCUUACUCCUGCUGUGGUGGGGAGCAAGGGUCAGGUGGGUGUAGUCAGGCCACCACACAUGUCUCAGAGAACUACAACCCCAAGAACCUUCGUGGGUAUGUGAGGACCAUCAGCAAAGACAGUUCCAGUAGCAACAAGGAGGUGUAUGCUCUGGACUGUGAGAUGUGUUACACCACAGAAGGCAACGAGCUCACUAGGAUCACUGUCAUCAAUAGCAGCGGUGAUGUGGUGUACGAACAGCUAGUGAAGCCAGAAAACCCCAUUCUGGACUACAACACAAGGUUUUCAGGGAUAACUGAAAAUGACAUGGAAGAUGUGAAGCUCACCAUUAGAGAUGUCCAGGCAGCUUUGUUGGCCCGAUUCUCUGAUAAGACCAUCCUUAUUGGACACAGCCUGGAGUCUGAUCUCCAUGCACUCAAGAUAAUUCAUACCACAGUUGUGGACACCAGUGUGGUAUUCCCUCACAAGAUGGGAGCCCCAUACAAACGUGCCCUCAAAAACCUGGCUGCUGAAUACCUUAAGAGAAUAAUUCAAGAUGAUGUUUCAGGUCAUGACAGUGCAGAGGAUGCUAUUGCUUGCUUACACUUAAUGCAGUGGAAAGUCAAGGAAGACCUGAAGGGAUUCUCAAAGUAGUAUGGUUGAUUUUCAUGAUAUACUUUUACAGUAAUGGGGCCACAAAGCAGCAGAGUAAGAGUAUAUCAUGCCAUGUGAUUAUUCUCUGCCCUUGCAGUGAGAAAUUGUAUAUAUUAACAUUAUGUAAAAAGGUUUUCCUAAGUACCUGGCAUCACAGCUUCGUCGUCAGCUGACACAGGCAAUGGAUUUGUACAUAGUAAGUAAAUGUAAUAGAUGAUAAAGUUGUUUUUGGCGUCAGUGGUCAUCUUGUCCGAGUUUAAAAGUUUAUUUUUGUUUCAAUGAAUCAUAUGAGAAUCUGUUGUAUGAAUGUCCAGCUCAAAGGUUACAAUUAUAUGUUACCUGGAUUUUGUUUGACUCAAGUUAUAAGCUUUGAAUUACAGUAAUAUUUAAGAAUAGACUUUCAUAUUCUAAAACUUGAGCAGUUAUAACCCACAUGGUGUUCUGGAAGUAUGAAGAGUGAGAGGAAUGCAAUGGUGGGAGGUAACAGGGUGAAGCAGAAGUGCUUUAUUUAUCAUGUGUUUUAGCUCUUGUUUCCUUCAAAGUAUAUGAAGGCAACACCUGAAAGUACUUCUGCUUCAUCCCAAGUUCCCUCAUACCAGCACAUUCCACUCAGAAUGGUAUGAUCAUAGCCUUGUUAUACUCCUAUAUAUUGUUACUGAAAAACAUUUGUUAACUGGGUAACUAAAGCACAAAUAAGUAAGGGCAUUCUUGGCAGUGGCUUUAUUUAUUUAUUGGCAUAGGAAUUGGUGGUACAAAUGGACUUACUUGUGUUAUAUGUUAAUUGUUAUAGUCCCUUGAAGAGACAUGACUGAUUAUCUUUCUAGUCAGGUACUAUUUUUAAGCAAUAAUAGAUUAUAAUUCCCGUCAUGAACAGAAACAUUAUUUUGCCGAGAAAAUUUCUCACUUACGGUACCAUUAUUUCAGUCAGUUUACACACACCUCAUCAGUCCAUAAUUUCAUAUGACAUUACUCACUUCCUUGUGAUAGUUUUUAUUAUUAUUAUUAUUAUUAUUAUUAUCAUUAUUAUUAUUAUUAUUGUCAUUAUUAUUAGUAAUGCAGCAUCUCAGGCAGUACUUAGUUGUAUGUUUCCUCCAUGUGGAGUUAUUGGUAGAGAAUCUUCAUCUCCAUCACACUCUAUGGUUUUAGUCGCAAUAUAUGGUUUAUUAAAAACUUACUUCAUGAUGUAAGUAAGUUUGGAAAAAAAUUGCAUGAGUGGAUCAAAGUUGUAUAAGAGCAAGCCCUUCCAAUGUAUGUGUGUGUGUGUGUGUGUGUAAAGGUUGUGUGCAUAAUUACCUGUGCCAGAUGAGGUUGUGAGUGUCGGGAGGCAUAGCAAGCCCAGCUCUAGUGACUUAGUAGUGAUCACUAUGAAACAACUGUUUUGGAACAAAUAUUAAACAAUCGGAAUUUCAUGACACCAUAUAUUCCUUACCACUGUACAUAUGAUACAUAAAGUAAGAAUUACCCAAAUUCUUCCUUAUUAUUCUUAUUUUGAUCAAGUAAAUUAUUAGACUAAAAUAUCUUGAGCUACAGAAUCAUACAUCUUUACUUGUAGACAACAAUACUCUGUCAGGAAAUGUGUAUUCAAAAGAUGAUUUUCCCAAUGCUUGGCAAGAUUCAAGACUUUAGUGAUUUAUUUCAGGAUUACAGAUUGUACACACAUAUAUACACAAUUUGGGUAUUUCUUAGAUAUACAAGAUGACUCAAACACCCCCCUUUCAGGGAGAGCUGGACCUCGUAUUGAUAGAUAUAUAGAAGGGCUCUGUAAAUACUGAGAAUUUGGUCACAACACGAAAGCUUGGAAUGUUUUUUGCUACAAAGGGAAAAUAAUGACUAACAAGAACUACCCCACAAUACAUUCCAAUAAAUAUGCAUUUCUGAUACACACACAGUUUACUACACUGACAUCUAGUAAAACAAUGUAAUACAAUGAAAAUUUACAACUUAAAUGCUGGAGUAAUGAUGAUGAAUAUCUGACAUCUGCUUUUAUACUUCAUUGCAGUCAUUUGUGCAGUAAUAUAGUUUGAAAUCUAUGUACUACUGUUUCCUAUAUUGUUUUCUUAUGUACAGAUUCUGUCCAUUUUAUUUUUACACUAACACUCUAGAGUUUACUGAGUCUUGUAAAGAAAAGAAUGAGAGAGAGAGAGAGAGAGAGAGAGAGAGAGAGAGAGAGAGAGAGAAAGGGACUGAUGUAUUUCCUGUAUUGGCUCCUCAAUAUUACUCAUGUACAUAACAAAAAAUUUACUCUCA